UUUUUUCAACUUCUUUAAUGUAAUAACCGUCAGCGAUUUGCAACAAACCAUACGAAGCCAAAUCUGAAAGCAGAACGAUGGCCACAGAAACCCCUUGUACUCCUAAUGAUUCUCACAGCAAGAGUAAAGAUUUGGAUGAAGAGCUUAGUCGAUCAGACUUCUGUCUGGAAAAAUCAAAGGACGAUGAAAAUCCUGACAUCUACAAAAUGAAGCCUUCUUCGACGAGGAAACGUCAGCGAAGAAUUAACUCAGAUGAUGAAGACGAAAUCGACAAAAUCGAUCGCACACCAGGAUUCGAUGCAUUAAAAGGACGUGCUACAGCUGUUAGGAAAAAUCUAGAUGAAGCUUUAGGAAAAACCGAAGCAGAAGAUGAGAAUGCUGAAAUCACUGACAUUAGUGAUUCAGAUGGAGAACGUAGCACCAGUGAGUCAGACUCAGACAAUGAUGGAACAGAACAUUCCGGCUUACAAACGAAGAGAUCAAGAAGGAAGAGCACACGUGGAAAUGUAUUGUCACCAGAAUUCUAUGGCACAGCCAGUGCUAAAAAGGCGAAGUGGGAGAAAGCUCUGGAAGCACUGAGAAAAAAAAGAGAAAGGCAAGCUGGAGGACUUUCAGGAAAAACAUCUUCAGAUGAUGACUAUGAUAACGAAGGCUCUGUGUCACCCAAGUUUUUCAAAAACAACUUAAUAGAUGAUACUAUUGAAAGAGAUCAAGGAGAGGUAGAGGAAGAGGAAGAAGAUUUAGGAUCAGAUCUGGAUGACUUUAUAGUUGAAGACUCUCAGAGCCAGGAGUUGCCUGUCUUUGCCAAGCUAGAAUUGGAAGAAGCAUAUAAACGACUUGCGCAAAUGUUCUUGAGCAGUAUUUUGGAUCCAGAUUUUCCAUCAUUAUUACAAGACACACAAGAUCCUUACUUUGAAGAAGCCAAGGAUACUAUUGAAAGAGUCAUAGAAAGCAAGAAGAAUCUUGUUGGCAGCACUACAUGGAAUAAAUUCAAGAAAAUGCUAGAAAGUUGCAGUAUUCUUGAAAGUGAAGCUAUUAAACCAAUGAUAGAGGCAGCCAGGUGUCAGGCCUGCCGGAGAAAACAACGGAAUUUGACGCAGCACAUAAUGUUUUUUUCAGCAGACUGCAAUGGAGUAAAAGAGCUCCCUUUAAAAAUGGAAUUUUCAGUUGGCUGUUUUUGCGCUGAGCGAGGAUCAUUAUAUCAUGAUCUACAUCAUCAUAACUCUCAACUGAAGCAAAGUUGUGCUGAAAAGAUAAAUAAAGUGAGAGAAGCCAUGGGAAAUGAAAGCGACCAGAACAUUGUUGAGUGCUGCAUAAACGAUGAAGAAUGGCUAAAUGUACUUUUUACAACGUUCAAGGCACUUCUAAAUAAAGCAGACAAAUGGGCUGAGGACGGGGAAAAGAGAAAACAGAUGAAAGCAUAUUGCGCCAGCUUUCACUGACUCCGGCUGAACUGAAUAGAACGUUUGUAGUCAUAUAGUGGGCUCUUAAAAACGCAGUCGGUGACUGCUUAAACUCGAUCCCGCGGGGAGAAAGUUUAGGGUGGACCAGAGAAGCCCAGUUCAGACUGCAAUUAUUAAUAAUUUCAGAAAAUAAUAAAUAAAAAAAUUAAUUCAUUGAUCUUCUUUUUGAAGACAUAAAUGUACUUAUUUGUUAGUAUCUAAACCUGUAUAUCAGAUGUGUAAACGUUAAGUUAUGAAGAGAAGUUUUACAAUUAUUUUUAUGCCUCAAAAAAUUGUUUAACUGUUUUUUAGGGCACCAGUAACCUAUUUAUCGAAAGAAAUGUUUUUUUUUAAUGUCCUCAAGUAGUGGUAAUUUAUGUAAUGUUAUGGAAAUUUGUGAUAUUGUUAUAAAAGCAGAAUUUCCUGUAAUAACAAGGACAACACUAGCGAGGCUAUUAAAAUGUUUUAUGUAUACUUCAUAAUGGUCCUGUCUGCCAAUAUGUGUUAAUAAAGGUCUAUCUUCCCUUA